UUCGUUUUUCGUAAACCUCUCCGUUCGAUCAGCAAGUUAGAUCGUUAAGAAGGUAGAUCCGAGUAUAGAAUGUCAACUGCGAAGAGAAUUGUGCUGUUUUUUCUGUUAUUUUGGCAAUCUGAAAAUUCUUAUCAGCGAAUCGACGAUAUGAAGGAUGUGAUCGAUUUUCGAGGAGCAGCGAAGAUCAACGAUAUGACAAUCUCAUCGAGGGAAAAGAGAGCCCUGAUCUUUCCCGGUCCACAAAUACCCCCAACUCUUUUGUUGAUCUUUGGCCUAGGAACACCAUUGCAAUUAGAUAGUGAAAGCGUAAUCGUUGGAGUUUUUAUCAAAAUAAUAUAUGCACUGCCAAUAAAUAGUACAGAUUUUACUGAGCCUGGAGUUUAUUAUACCAGAAAUACCAGAAGCAGAUGGAGUAUUUAUAAAAUUCUUGAAAAGGCUGCAACCAUUUAUGGAUUUGGUGGAAAAGCCUGUUUGUUAAGAGCCAUUUGCGAGAUAGCUCACGUACCCUUUGAUGCACAUCACGGAUUAUUUGGUCAAUUGAUGCAACUAUUUUUUAAGCCGUCGAGUACCGAGGAGGAGUACGAUGAGUACGGGGAUCGAGAGUACAGGGCAGCCGAGCGGCUGGGCAAGCAGGUAGCGGGCGAAAACUGCCACGCCCUUUAUCCGGAAUGCCGCAGGAGUGUGCUCGACGUAUUUUCAACAGUGCAGUCCGCGUGAAUCUUUCACCUUUCUUUUCUUGAAUUGUUUUUUAAUAUAUAGGUAUAUAUCAAGUGACGAUGACGUCAAAAUUGUCAUUGUAGUUUUAUCUUUUUUAUCUUUCUUUUAUAUUUUUUUUUUCCUUUUUUCUU